UUUGGUAGUUGUUUACAUUAAAUUCCUAAUUGAAAACUCAAAGAUACGCCGGUUAUUGUACUCGGCAUACUUAGGUACGUCUGAACGGGCAAUUGCAAAUUGCAAUGUGUCAUAGCCUGUCUGCUUUUUAUAAUCAUUAUGUCCUUGUGCUUCGAAAACUCAUUCCAUUUCCAAAUCAGUAAUAAACAAACGAGCGUCGAGCUCGGACGUGUUCCUAAGCAUUUAUUUUAGUUAACUAAUUAAAUAAAUACGAAAACAUCACAUAAAUGUAAAUGAAACAUCGCAAGUGUUUGUGUGUAUAAUGUUUCUGUAAAAUUAAAUUAUUUAUUUCAUAGAGAAUCACAAGAUAUGAGCUUAGUUUUUCGCACUUUAUUGAUAAGAGCAUAAUGGAGAACGGAAACAGAAAAAAGCUCUACUUGGUCACACUGUCAGUGUCCAUGGCAAUGAUGACACUUGGAGUGUCUUCGGCCUGGCCGACACCAGUGCUACCGAAGUUCAAGAACAACGAGACCAAUGUAGAUAUCAAUGCGUAUGAAAUGUCAACGAUGCUGGCAGUAAAUCCCAUAGGUUUUGCAGUGGGUACAUUGGCUACUGGGUACCUGGCUGACAGGUUCGGGAGGCGAGCUACUAUCCUGGGAAGUGCUAUACCUAUUGCUCUUGGCUCGAUAAUCGUCGUGUUUGCUCUAAAAGCAUGGUUGUUAUGCAUUACGUCAUUCUCAUGGAGCUGUGGGACGGGAAUGGUCAGCACAGUAAGCAAUUACUACCUAUCAGAAAUUGCUGACAAGGAUGUGAGGGGUACACUAGCAGUCAUUACGGGAUUCAUGUUCAAGUUUGGGACACUUCUGACCAUGAUUUUGGGUCCCUUCCUCCCUUAUGAGACCUUAAACCAGGUCAUGUUGGUCCUACCCUUUCUAUUCUGUGCUAUGUGCUACUGGAUCCCGGAGACGCCAUAUUUCCUUUUGAAAAAUAACAACCUGGAAGGUGCUCGAUCAUCACUAAGAAUUUUAAGGGGAUAUAAGGAUGAGAAGGUUUUAGAAGAUGAACUGCUGGCGUUACAAGCUAAUGUAAGAGAUGAGAUGAGGCACUCCAGCUCUGUGAAAGAGUUAUUUACUGGAGGACAGUACAGAAGAGCUAUUAUAAUAUCUGUAGGUCAGUACAAUUUUAUUGAUGAUUUGACACACUCGGAAACCCAAAAUAACGGCCUACCAUUGGCAGAUGGGCAGCAGCAUUCUCGAUUAAAGUUGACACAAAUGAUGACUGGUGCUGUAGUUAUAAGGCAAUACUUGGGGUGGAUCAUUGAAGAGACCAAGUCGGAUAUGAAGACAUCGCUCGCCCUCAUCAUCUAUGGUGCAGUCUCUUUUGUUGUCGGUAUGAUGUCUUCAGUGCUAGUAGAUAGAGUGGGUCGUCGACCACUACUCAUCUUCUCCUACAUUGGCACUGGAGUUUCCCUGGGAGCCGUCGGCGUUUAUUUCUUCAUGCAAGAAGUCCUUGCGGUCACUACUAGCACCCUAGCCACUGUCAGCUUCAUACCACUCCUCGGUAUAAUCCUGGCCAACGUCAUCUCCACUGUAGGCUUCAAUUCCCUCAUCUACAUUAUCCCUGCAGAAAUAUUUCCUAUCAAUAUAAAGGCUAUUGCUAUUACCUGUCUCAACCUCUUUUCUGCGGCUUUAGGAUUCGGUAUAGGGCUUGGAUACCAGAGAGUCAAAGACUUAUGUGGCUUGACGACUAUAUUUUGGAUCUUUGCUGCCUUCGCGUUUGGUGGAGGCGUGUUCAGUUACAUAUUUGUAAUGGAAACCAAGAGGAAGGAUCUGAGAGAGAUACAGGCAGAGUUACAAGGUGAUAAAUAUAACGUUGUUCCCCAAAAUGAUAAGUUAGAAAGUACUAAGACUAAAGACGAAAGUGAAGAAGCCACUGAAUUAAAGGAACUUAAAAGUUAAAGAUACACCUUGAGGCUAACAAUAGCAAGUAUUGCUGUUUCUUAUUUUAUGUAUGUGUUCAUGCAUCAAUCUCUAAACAGUUGUGUAACUAUGUCCAUUGGAAACUGCAGCAAAUUAAACGUAGCAGAUUUUCUUUAGGCACCUUCAAUGAUGCAAAGGUUUCUUCUUUGAGUUGAGAGUUCAUAAAAGACAGGACAUAGUUACGCUUUUGUUUUACUCCGUAAAUAUCUCAACAUCAUCACCAAGAUAUUUCCUUACAUCACAUUUUUUUGUUGAAAUAGUAGAAUUAAGUGAUUCAUUGAAGACUGGUAUAGAUUUAAAUAAUCACAAACACAAUGAACACAAUAGAUCUCUAACGCGGAUUUGUUUCGUUUUUAUACUAGUUAUUUUUAAGGUCAUACGUAAAAACGGGGUCUUGGGCUCGAGUUAAACCAAAGUUAUAGUGCUCGAAGUUGUAUCCUUAAAACAAUUUGGUUGACCAUCCGAUUAAUGUUCGAAACUAAAACCGAUCAAUCCAAAUUCUCCGAAUAGAUUUAAGUUUCUGAC